AGAUAUUUACAGUUCGUUGUGAUGUUUAUGCAAGGGAGGUAGCGUGAACGUGGCAUUUAUCCGAAAAAUUAUCGUUCAGUAUAUUCGCGAAUUUUGAUAAAUUGUACAUUAGGUAACUACAGUGUUUUUCUAUCGGUUCAUACAGGUGGUAUUUCGUGUUUGUAGUGUGAAAUUAGCGGAUUUCAGUUUUAGUGUGGAUUAUUUCUGAUAAAUUAUUUGACAGCCGUCUUCACAACAGGUUUACCCAGUCGGUUCUGAUGAAUUUGAAUACAAUGGAUUCGUACGAAACACCACCUGCUCGAUCGUCGAAUUUGAGUAAUAAAAAAAGACGCUAUGACUCUCCCUACGAAACCGUUAUGCAGCGAUAAGCAAUCGUUGCCUCUGCGAGCAGCAGGUGGCGUUGCUAAACGAAGACAGGCCUGUUUAAGCGCAGCCUGGGCCGAUCCGCCUAUUAUCAGAAGAGAGAAACGUAGAGCUAUCUGUUCGUGGUCGGUAGGAUACGGUACUCUAACCGAAGCAGACGAAACGUUGUCGGACUGUCAAGAUACCACUAAUUACAACGAAGGAAAAGUGGCUGAACACGCUUCCUUAUUAGAGCCGCGGGGUCGCCGUUUAGUGACUACCUCGAUUGCAGUACCCCAUGCGUCUCAACCGAUCGUUGCAUCACCGAGUACCCCUAUCAUUAAUAGCCACCGUUCCUCACGUACCAGACCAGAACAUUUAUUCGGUAUGCCUGGAAUCAAGUCCCUUUUGGGCGCCAGGCGAAGAAACAACGGUCUAGAAGGACCCAAUUCCCCUUUGGUGGCUAGGAAGGAAAACGGAUCCUCCGCCAUGCCUACCGUUAGACCGGCAGCGAGUUUAGCUAGUCUUAGAAAGUGCGAGACUGUUUUGACUCUUACAGGAUAUCUCAGAAAUGCGUCGUCUUCUAGCAGUAUAGAACCACUUCAACCCGUUAACAGAUUAAGAGUAUCGCCUAACGAUUCCCAUUUGCGUAUGUGUUCGCGUUGUUCCAGUCUAUUAACUUUAGCUUCGAGUUCGAGAUAUUCUUUAAAUUCUUCAACGGGAGGUUUCGUUGCGGUACCACCCGGCGAACCACCGACGUUAUGCAAGCUCUGCUUGUCCGAGGUGCCUUCGCAGAAUGUCAUGCGGAUCGGGCAGUGUGAGUGUGCCUUUUGCUUAGAGUGCAUGAAGGCUUAUGCAGAAUUCGAAGUAGGCCAAGGUGCUUAUGACAUUUCGUGUCCCGAUGCGCAAUGUUCCUCUCAGGGAAUUUUAAAUGAAGAAGAGAUAAAAAGACUGGUUGGAAACGAUUUAUUAGACAAACAUAAAAAGUAUCGACUUAAUAGAGAAGUAGAAUUAGAUAAGUCGCGUACGUGGUGUCCUCGAGCGGGUUGCGAGACCGUCUGCAAUUUAUGCCCCCAACAGAAAUGUUCACCGCAAGGGGUGUUAUGUCCCACGUGCACGUCGAAAUUUUGCAGCAAUUGCAAACUUGAAUGGCACGAAGGGCUUUCCUGCGAUGAAUUCGCUAAACAGAUGUCGAAAGAAGGCAAAAGCGAAGAACUCGGAAUACCAUUCGAUUCGGAUCUCAUCAAGUGCUGUCCCAUGUGUAACGUUCCUAUUGAAAAAGACGAAGGCUGUGCCCAGAUGAUGUGCAAAAGGUGUAAACACGUUUUUUGUUGGUACUGCCUCGCCAGUCUAGAUGACGACUUCUUACUCAGACAUUACGACAAGGGGCCUUGCAAAAACAAAUUAGGACACUCCAGAGCUUCAGUGAUAUGGCAUCGAACUCAAGUAAUCGGCAUAUUCGCCGGUUUCGGAAUUCUUCUCUUAGUAGCAUCACCGCUUCUUCUUUUAGCCGCACCUUGUAUAGUGUGUUGCAAAUGUCGCGUGUGUAAUGGCGACGAAAAACCGGAAAACGAUGAGGAAAACCCCAUACAGGAAUCAUGAUAUGCGAAUCUCUCGAAAUUGUCGAUAGCCAAAUGAAAAUGUACAGGUUUAAAAAAAAGAAAAGUUUUUUUAUAGAAAGUUUAUUUGAUAUUCAUAUCAUGGUAUUUUGAUAAAGCUUUUAAAUUUCGACUGUAUUUUAGAAUUUCAGUUUUUUUUUUGAAUUUAAAAGAAUACCUGGAUAUAAAGUGACAUGUGAUACAUUACUCUGGAGGAAAGUUUAUUUUUUCCCUGUACAUUUUUCUUUGUACGAAACUAAGUAAUAAAUAUUCGUUAGUCAUCGUUUGGUGGUUCUAACAUUGAAUUAUUAGUUUGGUGAUGACAAGUGACUCGAGACGAAAAAAAAAGAAUAUUUUUUUGAUAAUACAUAUAUUUGAUUUUGAGAUUUUCGUAAUUUAUAAUUCAUAAAAAAAAAAAUUUCAUGGAAAGUAUUAUGACGUUUACAGUUUUGUUGAUAUGACUUUGACGGUAUUUGGUUUUUAUUGUUACCGAGUGUCACAAAAAACUACUAUCAAAAUGUAUCCUCUCUGUUUCAAGGAUAAUUAAAGAACAUUUGCAAAAAAAAACUUUCUCUCAUUGAGCUAAUAAGCUAAUUUCCAAAAUAAACCCUAUGAAAAACCGUCUAAUUUCCGAUGCCCCUGUAUACUUUCCAAACUAUUUUUCUAAUUUGAGCUUAAACUUUCACCAUUUAAUGUCAAUAGAUAAUAUUAUUUUAAUGGUUUUGCAGUUUCUCGUGGUGUUUAGAACUUUGUUGGCGGAAAAUCCCAACUUUCCGACACUUACUGUGUUGGAAUUUCUGGCAACGUUGAUAAUCAUAUUGAAUAUAUUAUUUCCUACCAUUACACCGACACCCAUAACUAUUUGACAUUCGUUUCGAUAACAAAAUCUUCCGAAGGAAAUUUUCAAUCUACCUUAUGCCUCUGAAGACGACAGUAUGUUUAUCAAAACACCACCCUUCAGACUGUUUAAUAGUUAAUGUUGGUGUAGUGAUGGAAUUUUCAUCAUUUUCUCCAAAUUAGUCUUUUCUUUCUUUAACCUGCGCUACGUUCCCUUGAGAACCAGGGCGCCUCCUCAACAAUCGACUCCCAAUCCUUUCUGUCCUGAGUAUGACAUCUCUAAUGUCGAACCUCUAGCUGGAUCAGGUCCGCUUCAAUCAAUACACGGCUCCUUUCCACGUGUCACCGCCCAGAUGAACGCCAUACAUCUGGUCCAAUCCAGCAUUCCUCCGGAAUCUCCACGCACCGUUCUCGUAAACACGUCCAAAAAUAUUUUGAACUUGUCGUCGUCAUAGUCCAUCUGUAUGUGUCUAAGGGACGAAUUAUUGUCUUUUAAAUUGUGAGCAUUGACCUUCGUGAGAGCCCUCUAAACAUUACCGCUCUCUGGACUGCUCAGAAGCAUCUGUACCCCGCAGCAACUCUUCCCUUGAUCUCUGUAUCGUUAUACAUAAGAAAAAUAAGCACUCUUCCUCCUUCUAACGUUGUAUACUGAGGAGUUUUUGUGAGCUCAGUUUGCCUUUUCUAAUUAUUAAUAUAUGUUUCCCUUAAUCAUUGCUACCCACCCACUACUAACUUCCUUCUUCCGGCUUUUCCCACCCCACGUGUCGAAUAUGUGUGCAUAUUCACGCACAGAUAUUCGACUUGUGGCGUGGGGUGGCGUGUUGCUAGCGGUUUUCCUUUACAUUAUCUGAUGCUUGUUUGGAUAAAAAAGUUAUGCAUAAGUUAAACAGUCUCUGAAGACUACAACCUAAUUAUCGAAACCCUAGUAAAAUAGUGGAAUUGUGAAUCUUAUACCGCCUACAAUUCAAAAAAUUCCAACUUAUUAACCUUCAAUAUUUAUAGUCUGUAAACGUUUCCAUGGCUUUGUGUCUUGUGAGUACUUUUAUUCUUAAUAGUAAGUCGAACCUAAUGGAAGACUGUCAUCAAACAAUGUUGUAGUUAUUAUCAGAUGGUAGGGGUAAAUAUCUUGAUUAGAUGUUAGUAAUAAUGAUUUUUUUCUUUUACAAAGUAAACGGGAUAUAAUUACCUUCACCAGAACGGGUUUUUGUACUUACUACUUACUAAUUUCUAGUUUUUUGGGACACUUGAUACAUAGACAAGGUGAGAGUAUGAAAUAACAUGUUUCUAGUGCGUUUGAAAAAAAAACUGUGAUAAAAUUACGUAACGACACUAUUGUGUACUCAUAUAUAUAUAUAUAGGUGUAUUAAUACACAAGCGGUCACUUAUUUAUUUUGAUGUACUGUUAUCUCUUAGACUUGGAAAAUUUCCUAUCUUUGAAAAUAAUAUCAUAUGAAGCAAUUUUUUGAUGUAAAUUAGCAAAUAAAAUAUUUCGGUGAUUAUAUACAGAGUGAGGUACCAUUGGUGCAAAAAACGAUGAAAAACAACAUCAAAUAUUCUUCAUCUAAACUGACUCAUGUCUUUCCAUUUUUAAAAACGUGUUCAAGGUUAUAUCUUAUUAUUAUAUAAAUUUCAAUCUCAUACAUUUUUAAUUUUGAAUCAAAACAAUUUUUGUUUUAUGUAUUUAGGUUGAAAAUUAUUUUUCCCAUAAUAUUAUUUUUGAUUAUCAAUUAAACAAUUUCAAAUUUGAAUAUAUUAUGGUAUUGUACUCCUCAAUUAUACCAUAAAGGUUUGAACUAUAUUUCUAUAAAUUCUAUCGUAAGUGAUUAGCAUUCAAUCUUCUUCACAUUCAAAGCAAUGAUCUUAAACAAAGUGAUCAAUAAUAAAAAAAUAAAUGUCCAAAAAUAAGGUUAGGCGAGCUUUAUGUACAUUUUUUACAACUAUGGAGUGAAAAUAGGAUGUAAUGUUAAUGGUAAAGAAAUGUGUAUAUUUACUCAGUUUUCCAAUUUUAUAGAAAAGGGCCUUUGGAUGGUUAUCAAUGUUUUCUUACUCCGAAAUAAAGGUAUAUGGAUUCAACAUAAUCCUCAAUAAUUCUAUCAACAAAUAAUAUUAAAAGUCAGGUUAUGUUCAUCAAAAUUUCUCUUCUUCACUUUUAUAACUAAGGAAUCGUCUUCAACAAGGUUAUCCAGAAUUACGUACUAGUUUUUCAAAUAUGGUAGUAGAGGGACUUAUGUACAAUUUUUUUGGAACUGCCUCAUACAUGAUAAUUUUUAUAUACAGUUAAUGGCAAAGAAAUAUUUCGUUCGAUUUAUAGAAAUGGAACUCUGGGACAGUUCAUCGUUUUUCGAUAUAGGUAUAAAUAUUGAACUACUUCUUUAAUUUAACAAACUACUUUAUCUUAAUUUGGGGUGUGUAAGAUAAUACCAUGGAAUUAACUAUCCUAUUCGUAAUCACUCCCAAAUUAUGUAAAUGAAGCCAUUAGAAAGAUCGUGAAAAAAAUCAGACUUGAACUUAUUCUUUCUCAUUUUCAAAUUUAAAUAUAUAUUAUAGUAUUAUGCUAAUUAAUGUUAGUAUACGGGAUCAACAUAACCCCUCAAGCAUCAUUUUUUUUUUUAAAUAAAAAAAUUAAUUUGUAUUAAUAAUAAUAUGACAAGUCAAUGUUUAUCGAAAUGUCUCUUCUUCAUUUUCAUAACUUGGUAAUCUUCUUCAACAAGAUGAUUCAGAAUUAAAGACUAGUGGGAGUACUGAAUAAACUGUUUACACCACCACUACACCAACACUCACGAAGUUCACCUUCAGUCUCCGACAGUGUAAUCUUGAGUGUUGGUGUAAACAGUGUGUUCAGUUUGAAUAUUGCCAAUGGUUCCAGGAAUUCCAACUUAACUAGUGGGAGUAGAGGAACUUUAUCAUGAGACGUUAUGAUGAUUAAAUUCCAUGCCACCAACUACCCCAUUUUUCAAUUCAGUUAAUGACAAAGAAAUAUAUAACAAUUGUUUUUGAUAUGAUUUAAUGUACUCCUUUAAUUUAACAAACUACUCUAAAUUGGUUAGGAGUGUUAUAGGUGUUAAAAUAUUUUCCAUUCCGUUAAAUUGAUGGAGAAGAAUAGUUGUCACCGUUUUUAAUAUAUUUUGAUCUACUUCUUGAAGCUACUCUACUCAUUUGGGAUGUGGUAGAUGGUAACAUGAGAUUAAUUAUCUUUGUGUGUCAUUAAUCACUUGAAAUAUGUUGAGGAAACCAUUUGAUACAUUUUUAAAAAAAUAAUAUUUCCUAUUCACCCUUUUAGAAGGUUGUAUAUUCCAUAUUAUUUAGUUUAAGAAAAAAAUGCACAUAUAGAAGUACCCUGUGUACUUAGUAUCAGAAAUUAUAAAUUGAAAAAAAUACAUUUAGAAAAUUUGUUUUCGUUUAUAGUAGUAUCUCUUCUUGUAUAUAAUAUUACCAAUCAAUUAAAACUGGAAAUUUGUACCUGAAUGUGCUACAUAUCACCUGAAAAGUUUGAUAACUUUUUAGUUGAGAUAACAGUACUAUUGAAUUUUGAAAUGACUGGCUUGUACGCUUUACUGAUUUUUAAAUUGGCUUAUUACUGUACAUAUAUUCGAAAUAAUUUGUUGAACGUACGAAAAAUUAAAAUGUAUAUUUUUUCGCUGAAUAAUAAGAAUUUUACUUUGUAAUAGUGGUGCUUAUCCAAGAUUUCACAGUAACGUAAAUAUAAAUGAUGAUAAUAAAAUAAUUAAAUGAUAUUACAUCAUGUCUAGUAAAUAGAAAUAGACAUAGUCGUAACUUAUAUUUUUAGUACAAAAAAAAUUUAAUUUCACAUCUUUGAUAAGCACUAACACGCAAAUUUAUUUUCACCAAUAUGCUUCUAACCGAUUGAAAUGAAUUGAAAAUUAAAAGUCAUCAUCGUUAAGUUUAGUCAAUUAUACAUUUUUAUUUUUCUUGAUGUUUGAAAAUACAUGACUGUAUUUUUUACUAAUAAAAGUCACGAAAAAAGUACAGAGUAUGAUACUUAUUAUUUUAUAUGAAUUUCUUGUCCACAGGAAUAUGAUUUGGAUGCUUAAUAAUGACAAAUUUUGUCUAGUAUUGGGCAAAAUUCUGUCCACAUAAAAUUUUAUCCAAAAUUGUUGAAACUUCUUCAGUUUAUUAGAUUUAUUUAUUUAUUUUCUUGUAUAAAUUGUCUUGAUUCAAUAUAUGGAAAUAUAUUUAACAAUUUUUUUUCAGCUUUUAUAAAAAUACAGUGGAUAGAGUAGUCAAAUUACGAUUAAAAGAUUCUUUCAUCUACGAAUCAUACUACUUAGACCAGGUGUAGAAUUUUUGUUAAAUGAAUCAAACAUUUUAUGCAUUAUAUAUUAAAAAGCCUUUAUUUACCUCUAAAUACUUCACAAUUUGUUAAAACCUCAAAUUAAUUGGCUCUAUAGACGUCGUAUAGUCAUUAAACAUAUGCCAUAUCGAUUUUUGAUUCCUUUCCCUUUGAAUAAACUUUUUUUCAUUAGUUUUUUUACUGUCAAGGUAAAACAUGUAUCCCUUGUCUGUUUCUUUCCAAAAAGCCAAUGGGAAAGUCGAGUAACAAAUGAUCUGAAUAAAAUGGGAGUCCGUGGAUGGUGAAGUAAUACCCAGGACAGGAUAAAGUGGAGAAAAAUAGCGGAAAAAGUCAAAACAUGCAAUGAAUUUUAGUUUAAAAAAGAAAAUGGUUAUAACGUGCAUUGACUCACCACAAUAAAUGAGUCAAAGAGCUCUUGAUGGAGCGGUUACUAGUCCUACUGGAAUGUACAACAUAAAUUUGGAUUUAGAACGUCCUACGACAAUGUCCGAUGCCUCAUUUCCACUCUUUCCAGUCGUAGCUGCUCUUAUCGUACCCUCAUUUAUUUUCUUAUUCCAUUCAACCAUUAUAAUCUUGGUCUUACUCUCUCUUUGUUCCUGUGGGAUCCAUUUCAUUAUUUUUUGGGAAUCUUUACACCCUUCGCCCUCCCUAUCAUUGCACGUACCCGUAUCUAAUCAACUGUUGUUCUAUAAUUGUUUCUUUCAGGUUUGCUUUUUUAUUAUGUUGUUUCUGACCCGAUCUAACCAUGACGCUCUAUUUGCUCUUCUUGAGGCGUCCAUUUCCAUUACUUCUAUUUUUUCUUUAGUUGUUUUUUUUAUUCUCAACGUUUCAAUCCAUAUAACAACAUACUCCUAAUUAUUGCAUUGUAGAUUCUCAGUUUUCGCCGUUUCCUUUUUCCAGUAUUCCACAAUACUCCAUUUAGUGAUUUAAUUAUUGUUCUUCCUAUGUUUUUUUUCUUCUUUGUCAAAAAUAA